UUGUGCAUCGGGAAAACACACAGUACAAUGGCGAAUACGUAUGUUCUGAUUGCUGCAUCAAUUUUGUUCUGCAUUGGAUUUAUUGGAAAUUCUGUCACCGUGUGUUUUAUUGGUGUGUCCAAACAGCUGCACACUCCGACAUACGUCACAAUUGGUUGCCUAGCAAUGUCUGACGUACUCGUCUCCGUGACGCAAUAUGUUCGUACUCUACCUGGUCUAAAAAUAUAUGUUGAUGAUAAAUAUACAGGUUCUAUAUAUGGGAUAUUUACAUUUUUAUGUAUUCAUUCGGCAUUUUUCCAUAUGGUAUUAGUAUCAUAUGUACGUUUUGUUUUCAUUACAAAUCCUCUGCACAGUUUGAAUCUGACUUGUAAACAAAUUUUGUUGAUGUCUUUUGCCAUUUGGUUAAGCUCUGUUGUCGUUUCCAUCGGAUACGGAGCAGAUAAAGUGCUACUUUUAUUAGACGUAGUAUCUUUCGAAACAGCAGUUUUUGCUGAGGUUGGGUUUGGUUUGUAUGUUUGUGGAUUACCAUUUAUUAUUGUAAUUGUUUUUAAUGUUCGAAAGUUGUAUUAUCUGUACAACCAAACAGCUUCUGUUCGACGAACCAGAAUAGCAAACUCAAUGUCUGUGAUGUUUUGGAUUAUUAUCGUGAUUUAUCUCCUGAGCACAAUAUAUCCUGUAUUUUACAUAAUCGACUUUGCAGUGUUAAAAGACAGGUCACUUCUUAAUAGAAGUUUAGACUUCGUUCAUAAAAUGUUUUUCUUUUCAUUGCUUGUUAAUAGUUGUUUGAAUCCAUUGGUAUAUUUCAUGUUUUCACCCCCUGUUUUAAGACUUCUAUCCCGAUUAAGAAAAUGUUGUAAUCAUGGCACAUAUCCAUGUAUAAGUAAUCCUAGUUCGGGUCUGUAAGUAAAUACGGUACCAUUUGAUAUCACUUCUCUCUGGUAAUUGUGAUUUCCGUCGUCAAAAAAAAUUGUUCUACAAAAAACCGGUAAUAUUAUAAAAUUGUUUGAAUAUACGUCUUCCAAUUUUAUAACUGAAUUUAAGUAGUUCUCCAUCUGCAACAAUUUAAGAUGAGCGACCGGGAAUCUAGUUUCGUACUGUUAAAAAAGUUGCAAUUUACAACACACUAAAACUAAAACUUCGGCUAAUUAUUGACCGAUAAAGCUUUUUCAAAUUGGUCGUCCAUCAAUUAUUUAGACAAGGAGCUACAGACCUGCAGCUAGAAGUUUUAUAGACUUAAUUUAAGCUUGUAAAAAAAAAUAAUGAUGGAAUUCAAUUUCGUAUUUUUUAACCGCAAAAUAUUACUGUUUGUAGUUUGUAAAUGUA